AUGGCAGACCAUGAUGACCCAUGUAAUGAGUUAGAGACUUCCUACUGUAUGAAUGGAGGAACAUGCUUAAAAAUUCCUUUUAUGGACAAUUACUUGUGUCUCAGCUGCAGUGAGAACUACAAAUGCAGUCGGUGUGAGCUGUACCAGCUGUUGAUCACUGCACACGAUGCAGGUGAGACAGGACUGAUCACUGCUGUGGUCAUCAUGGUCCUUCUUAUUCUAGUCGUGUUCACAGUAGUCGUCUCCUACACCUGCAAGUAAGA